AUCCGAGUCAAAGAGGGGCGUGGCAAAUCUACACAGGCACCGUCAGUUCAGCGACUGUCUACUGUACCAUCCGGAGACACACAAACUUUCAGCAUGGCGGAAUCUGGCGUAGACAAGCAUGCUCCUACAGAUGCGCUACAGAGCGUCGUAUCAGGCGAUGAGGGUAAAGAAAAAUUUAAGAGAGCCGAGCACAUCUUGUUUUACAAGAGACAGAAAGGCAGAUCUGCAUCUCAGUACUGUGCCCUACUGGAUACUUUAGUCCUGCGAGAGAGAGCUGCAGCUGUGGAGCUGUGUGAGUCCAGCUCUCAGGAACACUUGCUUCUCCUAAUCCAUGAAGUUCCUAAUGGAACGCUGAGAUUUACGAUUGAUGAACUGCAGCCUGUCAGAGCACGUUAUAAACCUGCAGAUGUCUUGAUUGGAGAGCCAAAAUAUGAGCAGUUGAGGAUUGAGUGGAGGAGAGCUGACUGUGUUUCUCUGACAUGGGGUUCAGGGCAGUACCAUAUCCAGGUCUUUGCUUUCCCCUUCCACCUAGAGAUUCUCUAUGAGGAUGAGUUGAUGGUUACAUUUAAUCCUAAAGGCAGACUCUGCUUUGAGACACUGUCUAAUCCAGCCAGGCCAUCCUCAAGUUCACAUCAGGGUGAAGAAAAUCCUUUAGGGCUGUGGAAGGAGACCUUCAGACAGUUUGAAGGCAUCAAAGCAAAUGGCCACAGUUCAGUAGGUAUUGACCUUAGGCUCCAUGGUUUCAGCCACACUUAUGGUAUUCCUGAGCAUGCAGAUUCUCUCCAGUUGAAGGACACCAGUGGCGGUGAGCCAUAUCGAUUGUACAACCUGGAUGUGUUUGCCUAUGAGAUCAACAGGAGACUGGGGCUUUAUGGUUCUGUUCCUCUUCUGUUAGCUCACAAGCCAGACAGGACACUGGGGGUGUUCUGGCUCAAUGCCUCUGAAACUCUGGUAGAUCUGCAGUAUGGCUCAAGCUCUCAGGAGCAUGGAGAGGAUGGCCCACCAGUGAAGAAGAGCAGGGUAGAUCCUCAAACUGAUGUGAGCUGGGUGUCAGAGAGUGGACAAAUUGAUUGUUUCAUACUGCUUGGACCUUCACCCGCCCAAGUAUUUUCUCAGUAUGCACAACUCACAGGAUAUCAAGCCUUGCCACCUUUGUUUUCCCUGGGAUAUCACCAGUGUCGCUGGAACUAUAAGGAUGAAGAGGAUGUGAAAGCUGUGGAUGCUGGCUUCGACCUCCAUACCAUCCCUUAUGAUGUAAUCUGGCUGGACAUAGACCACACUGAAGGGAAACGCUAUUUCACUUGGGAUUCCAAACUGUUUCCUAACCCAGUGGACAUGCAGCUCCAUCUGCAGAGAAAGAAAAGGAAGUUGGUGGUUAUCAAUGAUCCCCAUAUAAAGGCUGACCCUGAUUGGCCUUUUUUCUGUGCAGCCAGAGAUGGAGGCCAUUUUGUGAAGGACAAAGAUGGUGGUGUUUAUCAUGGAACAUGCUGGCCAGGUGAUUCCUGCUACUUGGACUUCACUAGCUCAAGGACAAGGUCAUGGUAUGCCAGGCAGUUUUCACUUGAAAAGUAUAAAGGGUCUACGGAGUCCUUGUUUGUGUGGAAUGACAUGAAUGAGCCCUCUGUCUUUUAUGGACCAGAGCAGACAAUGCCUAAAGACGUGGUUCAUUGUUCAGGCUGGGAACACAAGGAAUUACACAACCUGUAUGGCUUCUUCCAGCACAUGGCUACUGUUGAGGGUUUGAUAACUCGCUCUGGUGGCUUGGAGAGACCAUUUGUUCUGUCACGCUCCUUCUUUGCAGGGUCUCAGAGAAUGGGUGCUAUAUGGACAGGGGACAAUGUUGCUACCUGGGAGUAUCUGAAGAUCUCAAUCCCUAUGUUGUUGUCAUUGAGUGUCACUGGAAUGCAGUUUUGUGGGGCUGAUGUAGGAGGCUUUGUGCAGGAUCCUGACAGUGAGUUGCUGGUGCGUUGGUACCAGGCAGGGGCGCUGCAGCCUUUCUAUAGAGGCCACUCAGCCAAACAGACCAAGCGGCGUGAGCCCUGGCUGUUUGGGAACACAGUCACUUCAGCAGUGCGAUCAGCAAUCCAACAGAGAUACUUCCUCCUACCUUACUGGUACACUCUCUUUCACCUAGCCCAUACCUCAGGAUUGCCCCCGAUGAGACCGAUGUGGGUGGAGUUCCCGAAGGAGACAGAAACCUUCACUGUGGAAAACCAGUACAUGAUUGGCAGUGCUCUCCUGGCCUGUCCUGUGACUGACCCAGGAGUCACAGAGGUGAAGAUUUUACUGCCAGGGUCAGAUGAGCUGUGGUAUGAUGUCAGCAACAGUGAGAUGCACAGAGGAGGCAAGACUCUGACACUUCCUGUGACUCUGGAGACAGUGCCUGUGCUCCAGCGUGGAGGAACAGUUGUGACCAGGAGAACAGGCUGUGGUUCCUGCACUGCUGAUCUCCAGCAACAUCCAUUCACUCUCACUGUAGCUCUGGACUUGGAGGGCAAUGCUGAAGGACUGCUGUAUGAGGAUGAUGGGCACUCCUUCAGCUAUAGGGACAAAAAGCAGUUCUGCUUGCGUAAAUUCUCUAUGACGUCUGGCAGACUCAUCAGCAGUUGUGCAGAUGAAGAAGCGCUCUUCAUUUCUGGUGGCAAACUGGAGUCAGUGGUGAUUCUGGGUCAGAAGAGUAUGAAAAGGAAACCUACUCUAAAAUCAACUGCAGGGAAGACCACAGUCACAUUUCAGUUUGAACCAAAGCAAGCUCUGUUGACGCUGACUGGUUUGGACCUGGAGAUACAUACAGAUUGGGAAAUCAAUAUAUAACAACAAAUUACUAGGUAGUUUAUUAAUCAUUAGCAGGAAAACAAUUCAGGGCCUUCUCUGUGCAUGUUCACUUUUUCUGUAAAUUAAAGUUGGGUUUUAUUGUAUUUAAAGCAAUAACAGACAUUUUAUUUUUAAAAGCACUUUUGAUGUGUUUUAUGUGAACUUUGUCAGACUGAAGAAGGCAAAUAAUUGUGAGAUCAACAAUUAAAUUUCUGAAUGGAACUCAAAAAGGAAGUUAAAAAUUGAAACAUAAUCUAUCUGAUUUAUUUACUUCCUGUUUUGUAUUAAUAUCUGGCCAUAAAGCUCUGCAAUACAUGGCCAUGAUUUAUAUAACAAAGCUAACUUUGCAAUAUUUUGGUACAUAAAGACAUGGAGAGUCAAACAAC